GUAGCACGUGAACUCUCAAUCCCUGACCCUGGUUCCGUUCCGCCGGUUCGCUCGACGGCCGCUUCACGUGGGCGCUGCGAUGGAGGACAUAGAGGACCUCGUCGGCGCCGGCGCUCCGCCCGGCCUCCGUCUUCCCGUCACUGCCAUCGGUAUCAAAGCCAAGAGAAAGCCUAAAUCUCGCCUCCUCUCUGACCCCGUAUCCCCAAACCCUCAAAUCCCAGGCACACAGACGAUAUACUUGAAGACGUUCGGCUGUUCGCAUAAUCAAAGUGAUAGUGAGUAUAUGGCUGGUCAACUGUCAGCAUUUGGUUAUGCUGUGACGGAGGAUCCUGAGCAGGCGGACUUAUGGCUGAUAAAUACAUGCACUGUUAAGUCUCCUAGUCAGUCUGCAAUGGCAACACUUAUAGGGAAGUGUAAAACUGCAAAAAAGCCUUUAGUAGUGGCGGGAUGUGUUCCUCAGGGUAGUCGAGAUUUGAAGGACCUCGAAGGCAUUAGCAUAAUUGGAGUACAACAAAUAGAUCGUGUUGUUGAAGUCGUAGAGGAGACUUUGAAAGGCCAUGAAGUACGGUUUUUAAACAGGAAAACAUUGCCAUCACUAGAUCUUCCUAAGGUAAGGAAAAACAGGUUAAUUGAAAUUCUUCCUAUAAAUGUUGGUUGUUUAGGUGCUUGUACUUAUUGCAAGACAAAGCAUGCUCGUGGCCAUCUAGGGAGCUAUACAGUUGAAAGCCUUGUAGAACGUGUAAAAAAUGUUAUUUCUGAAGGAGUCAAGGAGAUCUGGUUGAGCAGUGAAGACACUGGUGCAUAUGGUCGGGAUAUUGGACAAAACCUUCCAGUUCUUUUAAAUGCUAUUAUCACUGAGCUUCCUCCUGAUAGGAGUACCAUGCUUCGCAUAGGCAUGACCAAUCCACCAUAUAUACUGGAACAUUUGAAAGAAAUUGCUGAAGUACUGAAUCAUCCAUGUGUAUAUUCAUUCUUACAUGUUCCUGUUCAAUCAGGGAGCGACUCUGUCUUAACAGCAAUGAAUCGUGAGUACACUGUAAGUGAGUUCAGAACAGUGGUUGACACUCUCAAAGAGCUUGUUCCUGGGAUGCAUAUUGCUACUGAUAUAAUAUGUGGUUUUCCUGGUGAAACAGAUGAAGACUUUGAACAAACUAUCAAUCUUAUAAAAGAUUACCAGUUUGCACAAGUUCACAUAUCCCAAUUUUAUCCAAGGCCAGGUACCCCUGCUGCAAGGAUGAAGAAGGUCCCUAGCACUGUAGUUAAGAAUCACAGUCGUGAACUUACUUCGGUUUUUGAGUCAUUCUCUCCAUACCAGGGUAUGACAGGCCAAACUCUGAGGAUAUGGAUUACUGAAAUUGCUACUGAUGGAGUUCAUCUGGUUGGUCAUACGAAGGAAUAUAUCCAAGUCCUUGUGAUUGCUCCUGAAAGUAUGUUGGGGACCUCAGUGGAUGCAAAGAUCACCUCUGUGGGAAGAUGGUCUGUUUUUGGUGAAAUUACUGAGACUCCAGUUUUUGUUGAGGAUGCCGCACACCUAGGAAGACCUCUAGCAGGAUCUUCAAUUUCAUGUGUAAACUGUGAAUGCUCAGAGGAUCCUAUGCCCUGCCAAUGCCUCGGUGAGAAUUCAUGUGGCCAGCAAAUUAGUAGCACUGAACAUGAAGGCCAUACCAAGACUGCUAUGAAUGGAAGCCACAGUGAGAUAACAUUCAUUGCCUCAACUAAGUCUAUGCCGCUGCGUAAGAGAAGACCACAAGGAGAGAGUAACGAAAUUAAUCUGGUAAAUAACCAAGAAGCAGCGCACGUGUGUAGUAAAUUAGUCGCAAUAGAUUGGAUUUUGCUGGGUGGAAUUGCUCUGAGCUUUAUUACCAGUUCAGUUGUGCUGAUUUUGCUUUCCUCAAACUUGUUUUCUUGACUCUCCUGACAAAGGGCAUGAGAUGUACAAUUUUGUUCGCUGUAGGCUCGAUUAAUCUGUGUUGCAGUUCAUUUCUUAUUAUUCUGACAGAUAAAUGUUUCACCACCACAACUGCAAUGGAUGAUAGAUAAAUGUUUCACCACCACAACUGCAAUGGAUGUAGCAGUAGUUGGCUUGCUAGGUGAGUGUAUCUUCUCUAAUUACUGGCAUUGCUUAGCUUGUACUCAAAACUAUGGGUUAUAUAUCUUUAUUAGAUUUCAAAUAUUCAUGUUUA